AAAGACGAAAAGAUAUUGUAAAAGUUCAAGGGCGAAUCUGUAAUUAACCCAAGCUAAAUAAAUGGUUGCUUGAAAACAAAGGCGAAUCUGUUCACUGAGAAACUCUUCAGCGUUCAUCAUGGCAGCCCAAGCUCGUUCUCCUUGUGCUCAGGAGGACCCAUUUCUAGAAAAUGAGGAAGAAUUGUUUUAUGGAGCUGAAUCGGGUUGGGUCGAAGCCCGAACAUCAUGCGAUCACCUUGCUUCCCUGUCCUCUAAUCUCGAUCACAUUCCCACUCUUGAUACCGCCUGCAACAGAUGCCAGCACCCCAAUAAGAACUGGUUAUGUUUGCACUGUAAGGUUGUCCUCUGCGGCCGCUACGUGAACAAGCACAUGCUUCAGCAUUAUGAGCGGACAAAUCAUUGUCUUGCUCUCAGCUAUAGUGACUUAUCCGUCUGGUGUUAUUCCUGUCAUGCAUAUUUAGAUGCUCAGCUGAUUGCACAACUGCGGCCUGUAUAUGAAAGUGCCUACAUGCUAAAAUUUGGCAAGGCCCCACCAGCUCGAACAUCAUGCAAUCACCUUGCUUCCCUGUCCUCCGAUCUCGCUCACAUUCCCACUCCUGACACUGCCUGCAACAGAUGCCAGCACCCCAAUAAGAACUGGUUAUGUUUGCGCUGUAAGGUCGUCCUCUGCGGCCGCUACGUGAACAAGCACAUGCUUCAGCAUUAUGAGCGGACAAAUCAUUGUCUUGCUCUCAACUAUAGUGACCUAUCCGUCUGGUGUUAUUCCUGUCAUGCAUAUUUAGAUGCUCAGCUGAUCGCACAACUGUGGCCUGUAUAUGAAACUGCCUACAUCCUGAAAUUUGGCCAGGCCCCACCAGCCCGAACAUCAUGCGAUCACCUUGCUUCUCUGUCCUCUGAUCUCGCUCACAUUCCCACUCCUGAUACUGCCUGCAACAGAUGCCAGCACCCCAAUAAGAAUUGGUUAUGUUUGCGCUGUAAGGUCGUCCUCUGUGGCCGUUACGUGAACAAGCACAUGCUUCAGCAUUAUGAGCGGACAAAUCAUUGUCUUGCUCUCAGCUAUAGUGACCUAUCCAUCUGGUGUUAUUCCUGUCAUGCAUAUUUAGAUGCUCAGCUGAUCACACAACUGCGGCCUGUAUAUGAAACUACGUACAUCCUGAAAUUUGGCAAGGCCCCACCAGCCCUAACAUCAUGCGAUCACCUUGCUUCCCUGUCCUCUGAUCUUGCUCACAUUCCCACGCCUGAUACUGCCUGCAACAGAUGCCAGCACCCCAGUAAGAACUGGCUAUGUUUGCGCUGUAAGGUCGUCCUCUGCGGCCGCUACGUGAACAAGCACAUGCUUCAGCAUUAUGAGCGGACAAAUCAUUGUCUUGCUCUCAGCUAUAGUGACCUAUCCGUCUGGUGUUAUUCCUGUCAUGCGUAUUUAGAUGCUCAGCUGAUCGCACAACUGCGGCCUGUAUAUGAAAGUGCCUACAUCCUGAAAUUUGGCAAGGCCCCACCAGCCCGAACAUCAUGCGAUCACCUUGCUUCCCUGUCCUCUGAUCUUGCUCACAUUCCCACUCCUGAUACUGCCUGCAACAGAUGCCAGCACCCCAAUAAGAACUGGUUAUGUUUGCACUGUAAGGUUGUCCUCUGCGGCCGCUAUGUGAACAAGCACAUGCUUCAGCAUCAUGAGCGGACAAAUCAUUGUCUUGCUCUCAGCUAUAGUGACCUAUCCGUUUGGUGUUAUUCCUGUCAUUCAUAUUUAGAUGCUCAGCUGAUCGCACAACUGCGGCCUGUAUAUGAAAGUGCCUACAUCCUGAAAUUUGGCAAGGCCCCACCAGCCCGAACUUCAUGUGAUCACCUUGCUUCCCUGUCCACUGAUCUCGCUCACAUUCCCACUCCUUUUACUGCCUGCAACAGGCCCCACCAUUCCGAACAUCGUACGAUCACCUUGCUUCCCUGUCGUCUGAUCUCGCUCACAUUCCCACUCCUGAUACUGCUUGCAACAGAUGCCAGCACCCCAAUGAGAACUGGUUAUGUUUGUGCUGUAACUUGUAAGGACGUCCUCUGCAGCCGCUACUUGAACAAGCACAUGCUUCAGCAUUAUCAGCGGGCAAAUCAUUGUCUUGCUAUCAGCUAUAGGUACAAUUACCAAUACUUGCCAAGGUUUACAUUUCGUGCAGUGACCUAUCCUUCUGGUGUUUUUCCUGUGUUGCAUAUUUGGAUGCUCAACUGAUCCCAUAACUGCGGGCUGUAUAUGAAACUGCCUACAUUCUGAAAUUUGGCGGGGCCCCAUCAUUCCGUACGGUUUAAUAGCCAACAUGGGACAUAAUCUGAGGGUUUAGAUCUGGAAGUCAAAUUGUCACACUACUCUUCUGGGAGCUUUUUUUUUUGUCUGUCGUUACGUUAUUUUUCGAACUAGCAGAUGGUCUCGGAUGAGGUGUUUUUAAAAAGAUAUGUUCUUAUCAAAUGUUUAUUACUGCCGUGA